AAAUUCCAAAUCUCCCAGCCUGUUUUCUGAUCUGAGGAAGUUUGUUCUGGUCUCUUCAUGAGAAGAAAUUCGGUGCAGUGAGAAGUCAUUUCUAGUCAUACCUGACCUAAAAAUGGAGAAAUUACACUGCUUCAUUUUGCUUAUGCUUUCAUUUGGAUAUCUGUUUCACUCUGCAAAUGCUGUCUUAAUGGAAAAGCUGGCUGACCGCAAAAUAUGUGCAGAUAAGAACUGCAUAUAUGCGAUCUCAGCAGCCCAAGCUCUUGAGGACUACGUUGCUUCUGACUGUCGAUUCAUCAACCUGAAGAAAGGCCAGAUGAUAUAUGUUUAUUCUAAACUGAAGCCAGCAGAUGGUGCCGGAGUCUUCUGGUCUGGGAGUGUCUAUGGUGAUCGCUAUGUUGACCAGAUGGGUAUCAUUGGCUACUUCCCCAGUAACCAUGUCAAUGAGACACAGAUUUUCACAAAGAGAACCAUUGAAGUGGCCACAAAAGCGAUGGAUUUCUUCUGCAAUUAAUAAGGAAAGACUACAUGUGAUAAAAUGCUGGAUGCGGAUUUUUUUUUUAAACAUUCUAAUUUCCUGCAUAAAUCAUACUAACUCACUGAUUUAAAAAAAAUCUUAAUUAUAUACUUUUCUUCUCUUCAAAAUGUAAUUGAAAGCUAAUUAAACUCUGUAAUCAAAAUCUUUACCAUAAGUAGGUCUAUUCUGCAUUAAACAACACUAUAAAAUUAGAAAGCACAAAAGGUGUUGGUUAUGUCUCUUUCAUUGAGUGUGAAAUAGUUUUGUGCCUGUAUACAAUGAGACCAUGUGCUAUAAAACCCAGCACAGGGUUUAACAUUCCAACCAAUCAUCAAGCAAUAUAGAAAUCUUAUAGCAACCUUAUUGCAAAUACAACAUAAUACAAUUUUGCAACAUACUGUACACUAUUU